GGUUAAGUGGUGACUUGAAAUUAAAACAACAAGGGUGAUGAAUAGGCUAUGGGCUAUUGCCUAAUGUAAAUUAUAAGAUUAUGAAACCAGCCAUGGAUGAGUGGCUACACUUGUUGCGGUCAUGUGACGAAGCAUUAACGGGUUAGGUCAAAUGGAGAGUGAGCGCGCCCUGCAUUCUAUGUGACGUUAAACUGCUGCACAACCACUUCAGUUUUGGAUCCGUGCGUGUCUAGGUUACUCAGCCUAAAUCACAACUAGUCUCUGAUGUUUUAAGCUAUGACUGAAUGUUUUGGGAACGACAUAUAUAUAUAUAUAUAUUCUACAAUUGGGUUAAGUCUUAGAAUAAAGAAAAAAUGUUACAUUUCGUCUUGCAAGAUGUCUCAAACAACACGGAGCAAAACACAACAACGCCUGAGGACUGGACUGUUGUGUACUUUGCAGUCAGGUGGAUCCAGAUGACUAUGGCAGUGCUGAGCAUUGUCGGUUCAGGUUCCAUAAUUGUUUAUGCAACUUUCCAACACCUUAUAAGGACACCUGAGACUCCAAAACAAUGGCCAAUACCACCUCCUCUGCAGAUCCAGCCAUUGUUCUUACUGAGUGUGACAGACUUGCUGCUGGCAGUCAGCUGGCUGGUAGGAGCAGUACUGUUCACCCAGGACUGUGAUAGCCAUGCCACCUGCUACAACCUACACAUCGUUGAACAGAUCCUGUAUAUGACCUCGUUCUUCUACACAUUGAACUAUGUAUGGACCCUGUACUCUGGGCUAAAUAACAGAUUCUACAGUAGCCUUCAUGGAUACCCAGCCCAAUGCGCCACCAAACUGAGAAGUUUCAGCAAGAUUGCUGCAGUCCUGUCAUGUGUCCUCCCCGUGCUGCUGAUGCUGCCAGUGUUUGUAACAGGAAACAUGGACCACUGUUACACAAACUUCAGCCAGCCUUACAAGUGCCUUCUAAUGCACACGGAGGCACUCUUCAUGUCCACUGACUUGAGCAAGAUGGAGGUGGACUCAGCUUGCCGCCUGGGACACAUGUACAGUAUUGCUGUCUUCCUGGCAGUGUUCCUCCUCACCUUUGUUGGCAUUGUGGUGCUCAUGGGAAAAGCCCGCACUGUUUACAGACGUUGUGUGAGUUCUAGCGGUUUCCUCGGCGACAGGCAGUGGGCGUCACUUCGUGUUCUGGACCGACACAUGCUCCUCUACCCCUCUGUCUUCUUCUUCUGUUGGGGCCCAGCAGUGUUCCUGGCAGCCAUGAUUCUGUACAACCCCAAAUCAGUGGAGGGAGUUGUGGGCGUCAUUCUCUACAUCUUACAGGUAAAACUGCCAGCUGCUCUGAAACCUACAUCCAAGACGUGUGCAACCUCAGUCCAUGGCUUAACUUCUACUUCCUCAUCCCAGGCCUUCACCUCAUCCUCUCAAGGCCUUCUGAACUGUGUGGUGUACGGCUGGACACAGACACACUUCCGCUCAGCUAGCAAAGAUGCUCUAAGGGACAUGGACACCCAGACGCCACUUCUGAGAUCUCAGAAGAAAGGCUAUAAAACUCUAUGGUCAACACCAUCCCCCAAACCAGAUGAUAUAGAAGGAUCUGGUAUUCUACCGACACCACAUUAACUUACUAUGGUGGUUGUGACACUGGCAAAAGAAAUUAAACAAAGCCUUUUGUGCCAGACUAGGAGUGACAGUUUGGUUUUGAAUCUUGGGGACAGUACCUUGGGAAGCACCUGUUAUACCAAUGAAGCAAGAACACCCUCGGCUGUACACAAGGGACAGCAGGGUCCAACCAGACAGAGGCUGAACUGCUGAGGCGUAAAAAAGGGAAGAACCAGGGAAUUUACAAGGAGAGGAAGAGCAGCUCUGAAACAGGAUCUGAGAGCUCUGUACUUUCAUAGGAAUCAGAGUCACUCCCUCCCUCACUUGUUUUGACUGCAUCGCUCGUGCAAACAUUGUCUCUACAUUAGUGUUUAGAAUUUCCCACAGUAGUUGGGGAUAGCCGAGGAUAUUUGUGAAAGGCUUUGUAACUGACUGGCAUGUCUUUGAUUUAGAGGGGCCCUGAUUGAGCCCAACCGUGUGGAAACAGUGAGCAGCCUGUCACUUUUCAUCUUGAUGGAACAAAGGCCCUCCAUUCACAGAGAUGCUGCUUGACGUACGAGUUUGGCCCGUGGUGUUGUGUGAUGGUCGUAGAUACGCAAGUGUUGCAAUGUUUAGUUUUCGCCCUGCAUGGGCUUGGUCACAGAAAUGUGACUGUAGGUUUAUGCUCACUCCUUGAGUUCAAUUCUAAACUUUAUCAAAGGGGACAAUUAUUGCCUUGCAUGAGAACAGGAUAAAUACAUCACCACAACAUACAAUUAUUGCCUUGCAUGAGAACAGGAUAAAUACAUCACCACAACAUACAAUUAUUGCCUUGCAUGAGAACAGGAUAAAUACAUCACCACAACAUACAAUUAUUUUUUUUCUGAGAUGCAAAUGAAACUGAAUGAAAAUAAUGGGAAUUUCCGGUCUGUCAAUGCAUUGGACUUUAUUUCUGUUUAACUCAAUCCAUCAAUAUGAAAUGGGCAUUGCAGCUCAAAUAUAGUAACUGCUGCAGCCUCAUCAAAACAAUAAAAUCUUGUUUCACUCCCACAUCCGACCAGCUGCAUCAUGGCAGUUAUCAAAGAUGAGGCUGUAGUCAGUGCCUCCAGCUUUGACGAAAUCAGAGACCGUCUUACUCCCUUUAAAGUUUUUGGUUUCAACUUUCUGCAAAAAGUUUUAAAAAACAAUGUUUUAAUCUGUGUAUUUGCCACUACAGAGUCAUUUCAAUAAAAUAUGCUUAUGAAAGAAAGCUGAUUGAA